UUGUGUUUUGGUUCCAACGGGAAGUUACGAGGAAAAAAAAAAAAAAAAGGAGGAGACGUGACGGCGCUACUGACCGACGAGCACAUUUUUUUUUGUUAUUCCUCGCUUCUUUGCGCCAGAAGACAUAACAUUACCGCAGCGGUGACAUUCGUCUCGUUUCCAAACCCCGCCGUCUGCGUCUCAGGACAAAGUGCUGACAGUGACUGGUUGUAACGCCCGAGGGGGAUCGUACGAGGUCAUGGCAAACAGGGGAGGAGCAUCCAGGCCCAACGGAGCCAACGGCGGCAACAAGAUCUGCCAGUUCAAGCUGGUGCUGCUGGGGGAGUCGGCCGUGGGCAAGUCCAGCUUGGUGCUCCGCUUCGUUAAGGGCCAAUUCCACGAAUUCCAGGAGAGCACAAUAGGAGCCGCCUUCCUCACCCAGACUGUCUGUCUGGACGACACCACAGUCAAGUUUGAAAUCUGGGACACGGCCGGUCAGGAGCGCUACCACAGCCUGGCCCCGAUGUACUACAGAGGAGCACAGGCCGCCAUCGUGGUCUACGACAUCACUAACGAGGAGUCUUUUGCACGAGCAAAGAACUGGGUGAAGGAGCUGCAGAGACAAGCCAGCCCGCACAUAGUCAUCGCUCUGUCGGGCAACAAGGCCGACUUGGCCUCCAAGAGAGCCGUCGACUUCCAGGACGCCCAGUCCUACGCCGAUGACAACAGCUUACUUUUCAUGGAGACGUCAGCCAAGACGUCCAUGAAUGUCAACGAAAUUUUUAUGGCUAUUGCCAAGCGGUUGCCAAAGACGGAGCCACAGGCCGCCGGUGCCAACAGCGCUCGUAAAGGUGGCGUGGACCUGACUGAGACCGCCCAGCCUGCCAAGGCCCCCUGCUGCAGUACCUAGGACACUGCACGCCCCUUCCCCCCAACCCCCUCCUCCUCUCCGCCCGACCACCAACACAUAGCUGUAACCUAAGGCGGGCGACACAAGAUAAGCUGGCCUGAUUUGUUUAUAACCACAACAUAUCACCAAGGUAACGUAUACUGACAGCGAUGAAGAGCUCCACCUGGUGGCCAAUGAUAUGUCCUGCAGGUGGAGACUGGAGUUGAGGUUCCCUGUUGCAUCCAUUUAUCAUCAUGAAUUGUGUUAAUACGUGAUCGGGAAACCUAACCGGAGACAUAAGUGCACAUCUUAGAGGAAGUGCUCCCUUCCUCAACUACUGCCUUGCUAACAACUGUUUUUUUUUUUUGUUUUUUUUUUUAAUAUCAAGUCCUGACCACUCCCGAGUGGUAAAAGAAAAGCAUUAAUUAGCACACGAGACUCGCACUACUGCCCCCUGGUGACGUCGCGACAUACCUGCAGUGACCAAAAAGCAGCAGAAACCCUUGGAAAAAAAAAAAAAAGUUGCCCCUUAAAAACGUGGCUUGUGCAAACCGUGCGUUUGGCCUCACACAGCACACUUCCUGUUCCUCUUUUUGCUGGCUUUGCACCCGGAAGUGAUGAUAUCCUUAAAAAGUGGGGAGUUGCAAUAUGAAAAAGGUCGCUUUUGUUCUUUAUUAUUAUUAUUAUUAUUAUUCGUCACCUUGGCUUGAUUAGGAUGUGCUUUUAGACACGGGGGUGUGUCCAUUUUCUAUUUAUGUGUUACACGCAAUUCCUUCCCUCUUAUCUGGAUUGUACACUUUUUACUCACGCCUUGCACUAAUGAUUCUCAUCAUUACGUCUUGUCAUGAUCACCGCGGGUGUGAUAUGAAUCGAUAUAUAAAUAUAUAUAUACAUAUAAAUGAUAUACUGUACAUAGGGUGUUACUCGGCUUGAUUUGGCAGUGACUAAUGCUUUUGCUCGGGCAUUGUUGUGAAAAUCAUGUAAGAAAAACAAAAAGUAGGACAUAGUUUGGGGAUCCGGGUUCAAAUCUUGCACCAUUUUUCUGUUACUGCGUCCCCAAAGCAUUCAAACUGGUCCAUACAGUGGGCCUGGGUCAGUUUUUGCCUCAUCCCUCACUGAAAGCAAGUGAAAAAUGCACUUCCAACCUGAAAGAGAAAGAGAUGAUAGAGUAUUAUCUACUCACAGAUGCUCCCUGGUGGUUGUUUGAGAACACUGCAGCUGGUCCCGGUUGAAUUGACCCACCUCUGCUCCGAGCUGACUGUCUAAUCGUUGCAAAUCUUUGGACAACAUGAGUAAAUCAGGUUAGAGACCAGGGAUUUUACUCUCGCACAGCAUUUACCUAUAUGACACAAUCCAAACAACCUUUCCCACUCAUGACUCAAAUAAACUAGGGGGGGAAAAGUCAACAUUCACGGUCACACACAACACAACCUGCUCACUGAACAUUGUGGAUAGUAUUUAAAAAAAACAAACAUCCAAACACCAAAAAAAUUCUAAAUGACACCCAAUGCAUGAUGGGAAAAAUGCCAAACACUCUCUCCACAUUUGGCGCAUUUGAGCUGCUUGAUAUUUGUGAUUGAUUACAAACCUUUAAGGAGGUCGUCACGGAAGUAAACAAGGUAUGAGUCCAACUUUCACAUACUCUUAACAUCUAACUAUAUUAAUAUACAUGUGUAUAUAUACAUGUACACAUAUACUGUAUAUGUUUAUGCUCUAUAUAUAUAUAUAUAUAUAUAUAUAAAAAAUGUUGUCUAAUACGGCCCCGAAGUCAAAAAGUUUGGACAUCCCUGCCUUAAUGCUUUAGUCACACGCAGGAUUCUCACAGGAAUGAGGCAAAAACUAACCCAGACCCACCGUAGGUGUGACCAUACAGGUGCAUGUCAAUAAACGAUCGAGAGAAGACGUUGCGGUUCAUGUGCUGAUCCGAACAGGAACGAUGUAUUAACAAGCUAAAACAAAAACAAGAUGAACUGUCUUUUUGGUGCCCUCACCAUCGAUCAGAAAUCACAACAACCCUUAACGUUAACAACCAUACUGCUACAAUAAUAAACAUUUGAAAAAGCAAACUCCACCGACAGUACGUUGAGAAUGGCAAAUGAGCAGCUGACAAGAGGACAGAAGGUGGGGAAAGGGGCCCCGCUGAACGAGAGAGAGUCUUCUCACACAAGUCCGCUUUGGCAUAUUUUUUCCCCCCACCAAAGUCUCUUCGGGACACCAUCUUAAAAGUUCAUAAACCGAAAAGUUUGUAAAUCAAGUCCACUGUAGUUUAGAUACUGAAUCUGUGUUUAUUCGCUGCAAGUUAUAAUAAUCAUCAAAAAUGAACAGGUACAUAUUUCAAGUACUUAUGUACAAACUGCAUGAUUUAUUGAGACGCACCUGUAUGAGCCACACAGCUGGCGUAGGCUCCAGCCCACCCGGGACCCCAAUAAGCAAAAUAGAUAACAUUGUUGACGCAAGUGGUGAAAUUAGGAAUGUCAUUUAGUAAUGCUCCGAUGACUUGUAGUUGUUGUCCUUCUCACCCCUUCUCUCUGGGGAAGCUCCACAGGAGACAAAGGUCCAGGUGGGUAACAAUGAAGAGGCAUCAUCAUAGGAAAGUCCCUUGUAUGCUUUUUGUUGUUCUUCAGGUAUACAAAUACAUUUAGCUAAAAAAAAAAAAAAAACACAAUCUGAGAUGAUUUUACAGUGCUGUUAUGUAAUGAGCUAAUAAAUACUGGAAUAC